UUGUGGGGAGUUGUGAUUCACCCCAGAUGGGUGUUGACAGCUGCUCAUUGCGUUGACCUCAAAAACAAUGAGAAAGUGUCGCUAGAGUUUGCCGACUUCCGCGUUGAUGCGUCAAAGAGACUGAGUACAUUUAUAGGAACCCAAGCCAUAGUACUAGCCAAAGAUUACAAAUCCGAUCCUCGUAAGCCCUACAAAGACCUGGCUCUUAUCAAAAUGAAAUGGGAAGUCUCCGAUAUUUAUGUACUUCCAAUGUGUCAAGAGGAACACCACACGUACCUGGGCGAACUUCUGGGCGCAUGCGGUCUGGGUUCAGUAUCCGGCGACAGAAGGAACCCAGUUUAUCCAGACAUCUUGUUGGAAACUUAUUUCUAUGAUCAAAAUUAUACAACUUCUCAGCGCGAGUUUAGUCCGGAUAAUUGCAAAUACGACCAAAUAUGCACAGAACCAGGGUUCGAAGGAUCAAAUAUCUGCUACCUUGAUGACGGGGGUCCCCUCUACGCUUUUGACUUGUCGACCAUUCAACCCAAAUGUGUAAUCGGCUUAGCUAGUUAUGUAACAAACGUCGGCAAUGGCUGUGACGGAUAUAGCGUGUUUGUAAACCUUGAAGCCUUCCGAGCAAAAAUUUUGAAAAUUAUUGAACAAUAUACUUAAAGCCAUAAGUUAUAACAAAAAAAACUGCUAUUAUCAAGACAAAGACUUGAAGGAACG